CUCCCCUUUCUCCGGAAUCACUGGGUUGUGUGUAUUGUAACAUGAUCUUUCCUUGUGUCACAGUUUAGUUUUGUGAGAGGAAGCCGGAGUGAAGGUGUGGUUAAGUUCUGAAGUUGUAAAGACCAGGUGCGUGAGGGGCGCACCUGUGAUCGCACCAUGCCACGAAACAAGAGGCGUAUCGAGCUCGUCACAGAAGAUGAGCGCCAGUUCAGCAAGCGUGCAAGGAAUCAUGUCAGUUCUAGAAGAAUUGCAAGAGACAAUUCAGCAUUUACUCAGAGACGAUGUGUGCAGUUGUUUAGGGAAUACACUGUGCCUACUGAACCAGACACAUUGGGACCUGAAGGAAUGGAAAAAUUCUGUGCUGACAUUGGUGUGGAGCCAGAAAAUGUAGUAAUGCUGGUAUUAGCGUGGAAGAUGAAUGCAAGGCAAAUGGGAUUUUUUACUCUUAAUGAAUGGCUGAGAGGUUUUGUGGAUCUACAGUGUGAUACAAUUCCAAAAAUUCAGGCAAAGCUUGACUACCUAAAAUCUCUUCUGAAUGACUACAAUACAUUUAAAAGCAUCUAUAGAUAUGCAUAUGAUUUUGCUCGGGACAAGGAGCAACGCAGCAUGGACAUUGAGACUGCAAAGGCCAUGUUGAAGUUGUUGCUGGGAAAACAUUGGUCUCUCUUCAGUCAGUUCAACUCUUUCCUAGAAAGCUCAAAAUACAAAGUUAUUAAUAAAGACCAAUGGUGCAAUAUUUUUGAAUUCUCGCGUACUAUAGUGAAUGAUCUGUCUAAUUACGAUGUUGACGGUGCUUGGCCGGUGAUGCUGGACGAGUUCGUUGAGUGGCUUACUUCUGAGAGACAGGCUCAGCCUUACAGAAGCUGAAAGUAAGCUGUGUAGGAAUUUCCAUUGCUGUUGGAAACUUCUUUGCUUUCACCUUCAUACCCUGCACUGCUGAUUGGUUAUGUUUUUAACCAAACACACACACUAAACAAUGUAACAGUUUUGUUAAGCCUCAUGUAAAAGUUACAGAUCAAUGUUUACAAUUUACAGUCACGUAUUUGUAAAGUAACAGAGAUAUAUAUUGUUGCUCUAAGGUCUGAUUCAUAAAUACAUGUAAAGUACCUAAAUCAAUACGUUAUUUUUAAAUAUUGCUAAUUACAUGGUGCUCAUCACGUACAAUUGUUUAUUUGGUGUGGAGAAAGAAUUUGAGAUGUUGAAUAUGUGUAGUGAAAAUUUUCGAGUCAGACAAUGUAUGCACACGCUCUGUGACAAGAAAUUGAAAAAAUUCUAUUUCACUCUGUUCUGUCUGAUGAUACUGCUUGUUUUUCCCCACUCAUACUGCAGCUAAUUAUGUAAUAUACAAUACAUUUGUGUGAAGAACUCAGUUCCUAACCACUGCUCAGCUCAAAGUCAAGUAAGUUUUGUUAUCAAACAUUCAUGUGAAUAGCGGGAAAAAGUGGUGAAAAAUGACCUUGGUAUCAAUAUAUUUUUAAAACAUUUCAUGUCACUACAGCUAGUUUAGCUGUUUGAUAGAGCAUUAACAAAUGAGGUGGAGAAAUAUGGAACAAUGUAAGGAGAAGAUUUGACCAAAGAAGAUAAUAUGAACUAUUUAAGUAUGUAGGAGUAUUUAAAGUGUGAUUUAUUAAAUUGGUUGAAACUUUGUGUGUCCGAAACUAGUAGGAAUUUGUGUGUGUGUGUGUGUGUGUGUGUGU